AGCAGGUUGUGACAUCAUGGCCUGAUGAUGUCACAACAUCAUCAGGCCAGAUGAGCUAGAAUCUAAAAUUACAUUCAGUUUGGAAAUACUCUUCGGGCGAUAGCUUUCGUAGUCUAGGACAGACCAAACAAAGAAAAACACAGACAUGGAAGACAAGAAAUUACACAGCAAUCCUCCCAGGAUAAAACAGACUCAGGAAAAUAAACAACAUUCUGAAAGGGGAGUGACAGAAAGGCUCAAGAAUCCACCUGGAAACCAGAGAGCCUAUAUGGAAAACAACAAACAGCCCUGCUCUCCAACCAAAAUGCCAGGGAGAAGCACUCAAGGAGUGGGCAAUCAAGCUAAUGGCAUCCCGUUGGAAUCACAAAGCAAACCCAACAAGCUAAGGAAUACGCUUCAAGAAAAGCUCAAAUAUCGCGAACAUUGUACAAGAAUCGUGUCUGAGAAUCUGGCCAAGAUACUAAGGAAAACAGCUCAUAGGCAGCAUUAUGCGGACUUGGCCUGGAUCAAAACAGCUGAACAACGAGAAUAUGAGAGGAAAGUCAAAGUUAGAAAGAUGAAACAUCUGGCUGCGGUAAAUAAGUUACUGGAAAACACGCCAGCCCUUCAGACAAGCUCUGAAAAAAACGACGUGGCUGAAAGGAAAAAGAAGGAAGUUUUGCUUGAAUCACACCAGGUGCAUCAAAUUGAGCAAAUUGAGAAGAGGAAACACAAGACGGAUUUGGUGGCUGACCAAAGCCAAUCUAAAGGUGAAACUUUGGCACACAACAGCAGGGAGUACAUUCCUGAUGAAGUCAAAGAUCGUAAGAAAAUCGUUUAUGACCAAAUGUUAGACACAAGGAAGAAAAACAUAACCAAAGAGCUUCUUGCAGAAAAAAAACUAAGGAAAGAAAUGCUGGAUAAGUACUUAGCAGAAGCAAACGAUCGCAGGAUAAAAAGGGAGAGAGAAGUUAAAAUUAACAAGGAUCUGACUGACGCGUGGAAUGCCCAAAUACCACUCAAACAGCAGGAGAAGAGGGGGAAGGAGGAGUCUCAAAGGGAAAUGAGGCGGUGCUUAUUUGAAAUGGACAGAUGGCAUGAAGCUGAAAAAAAGAUGGUGCUAGCAGCAAGUGGGGGAAAAGCUAGCUGCGAGUCACAGGAAGUUUCCCCCAGGAUGUCCCCUAACUAACCACGUCUAAAGGUGACUACUUUCACUUAAAGAUGACAGAUCCUAAUCACCAGUUCGUCAAUCUAAAUUAUUUGGGAUUAAAAAAAAAAGGCAUUUAAAUAUCUCUACGUUGACUCAAUUUGACCUGUUUUGUUGUAAAUGUUGCUACAGAAUUGGACGUUUUCUGUGAAUACUAUUACAUCAGCAUGACAAUAGAAAACCUCCUGAUGUCGCUCAACAAGUGUCAGACAAUUCUGAUG